GCCGGGCCGCGGGGCCUUGGAGGAGAAGGGCGGUGGUUCGGUGAGGCGGCGGACUUGGGGUCCGGGCGCAUCAGGGGCCGCCCAGGACCCGCCCUGUCGCCCCGGAACACGCUGCAUCUCGCCAGGCCUGUGCGCUGCCAGACAGAAGGAAGAGCACCGUGCGGGCAGCGGGGGCUUGGUGGCUGCGCGUGGCCACCAUGGUCUUGAGGAUGCUCGCGACCCCAGAGUCCACGCUCUGGCCCCCUACUUCCCUGGAUAUAAGCUGUCAUUCCGAGCUGGCACCUUAGCUUAUGGUGCAGAAUGUAACCCAUCAAUAAGUCGGAGAAGCCUGAAAGCUGCGAUAAUGUGAAGGUGGUUGUUCGGUGCCGGCCUCUCAAUGAAAGAGAGAAAUCAAUGUGCUACAGACAGGCCGUCAGCGUGGAUGAAAUGAGGGGAACUAUUACCGUCCAUAAGACCGAUUCCUCCAACGAACCUCCAAAGACGUUUACUUUCGAUACUGUUUUUGGACCAGAAAGUAAACAACUUGAUGUGUAUAACUUAACUGCAAGACCAAUUAUUGAUUCUGUUCUGGAAGGCUACAAUGGGACCAUCUUUGCAUAUGGACAGACUGGGACAGGCAAGACUUUCACCAUGGAAGGUGUUCGUGCAGUGCCGGGGCUAAGAGGGGUCAUCCCCAACUCAUUUGCUCACAUAUUUGGUCACAUCGCAAAAGCAGAGGGCGACACAAGGUUUUUGGUUCGAGUGUCAUACUUGGAGAUAUAUAAUGAAGAAGUUCGAGACCUUUUGGGUAAAGAUCAGACACAGAGGUUGGAGGUUAAAGAAAGGCCUGAUGUGGGAGUAUAUAUCAAAGAUUUAUCAGCGUAUGUAGUCAACAACGCUGACGACAUGGAUAGAAUCAUGACACUAGGCCACAAAAACCGUUCUGUUGGUGCGACUAAUAUGAACGAGCACAGCUCCCGAUCCCAUGCCAUCUUUACCAUUACUAUAGAGUGCAGCGAGAAAGGCGUGGAUGGAAACAUGCACGUCAGGAUGGGGAAGCUCCACCUGGUGGAUCUCGCUGGAUCAGAAAGACAAGCAAAAACUGGAGCCACAGGACAGCGCCUCAAGGAAGCUACCAAAAUCAACCUUUCAUUGUCCACCCUGGGCAAUGUUAUUUCUGCCUUGGUGGAUGGAAAAAGCACUCAUGUGCCGUAUCGGAACUCUAAACUGACCCGUCUCCUGCAGGAUUCCUUAGGAGGGAACUCAAAAACCAUGAUGUGUGCAAAUAUUGGGCCAGCAGAUUAUAAUUAUGAUGAAACCAUCAGUACCUUGCGGUAUGCCAACCGCGCCAAGAACAUUAAAAACAAAGCUAGAAUAAAUGAAGAUCCAAAGGAUGCUCUGCUUCGCCAGUUUCAGAAAGAAAUAGAAGAGCUGAAGAAAAAGCUUGAGGAAGGGGAAGAAGUGUCAGGCUCUGACAUCAGUGGGUCAGAGGAGGAUGACGAGGAGGGUGAACUUGGAGAAGAUGGAGAAAAAAGGAAAAAGAGAAGGGAUCAAGCAGGUAAAAAGAAAGUUUCCCCAGAUAAGAUGGUGGAAAUGCAAGCGAAAAUUGAUGAGGAAAGAAAAGCACUGGAAACCAAACUUGACAUGGAAGAAGAAGAAAGAAACAAGGCUAGAGCUGAACUGGAGAGACGGGAGAAGGACCUUCUGAAAGCACAGCAAGAGCAUCAGUCUUUGCUGGAGAAGCUGUCUGCCUUGGAGAAGAAGGUGAUCGUGGGCGGCGUAGACUUGCUGGCCAAGGCGGAGGAGCAGGAGAAGCUUCUCGAGGAGUCCAACGUGGAGCUGGAGGAGCGGCGGCGAAGAGCUGAGCAGCUUCGGAAAGAGCUAGAGGAAAAAGAGCAAGAACGCUUGGACAUCGAAGAAAAGUAUACCAGUCUGCAAGAGGAGGCACAAGGAAAGACGAAGAAAUUAAAGAAAGUCUGGACCAUGCUGAUGGCUGCAAAGUCAGAGAUGGCUGACCUCCAGCAAGAGCAUCAGAGAGAAAUUGAAGGUCUCCUGGAGAACAUUCGGCAGCUCAGCCGUGAGCUUCGACUUCAGAUGCUCAUCAUUGAUAACUUCAUACCUCAGGAUUACCAGGAAAUGAUUGAAAACUACGUCCACUGGAAUGAAGACAUAGGAGAAUGGCAGCUAAAAUGUGUGGCCUACACAGGAAAUAACAUGAGGAAACAAACUCCAGUCCCUGACAAGAAGGAGAGAGACCCAUUUGAAGUAGACCUUUCCCACGUAUACCUCGCCUAUACAGAAGAGAGUCUGCGUCAGUCUCUGAUGAAGUUAGAGAGGCCACGGACCUCCAAGGGGAAAGCAAGGCCAAAGACGGGGCGAAGAAAGCGUUCUGCAAAGCCUGAGACCGUAAUUGAUUCUUUACUUCAGUAAAUGUUACAGAAUUAAAGUUACACAAUAAUAAAAAGAGUGAUAUCUCAUGCCUGGAGAGAACUCCUUAAUUAAGACAUGGAGACACCUGUGUGGUCUACAUAAUGGAAGCUGUAAAUCAUGGAGAGAGACUGGAAAUAGCAAUUUUCCUAAUAUCUUUUAGACUCUUAAGUUUCUGUAACAUGUAAGUGCACAGCUCAUGGUCGCCGGGCUUGGCGCACUGUGUCUGUCACACUGCCCUGCAGGAAGGAAGGGCACUGUGGUUGUCCGUGAAUGUGCGUGUCUUAUCUAUGUACUCAGCUACUGUGGAUCUAGACAGGCAGAAUCUCAGAAUAGAACCAAGUCUGUCUUGUUUGUACACAGCAUAUAGCAGAUCACCUUGUCCUGUGUCCUGUGCCAGUCUGGGCUGCUCAUCCAGGCAGUGACUUGAUUCUACACCUGCCUGGCCUGUCUAAAUGCAGUCCAACUUUAUACUAGCAUUGAUUACAUCUAAGUGUGCAAUGACUGCCUUGAUUGAUCUCCUGUGGAAAAUUGUAAAAUCUGACAGCUCUGCAGGUUUACAUUUUAAAGAUGUAGUUUGAACCUGUGCUUCACCUGUCCAUCCUCCACUUCUGUCGCUCUACUCCACAUUCAGCCAUCGUUGUUACUAAGUUGGCUCUCCACUUCUGAAGCCAUCGUUAGCCACUUCCCUUGGCUCACACACACAUUCUAAAAAGUUCCCUGGAUAUACGGCUUGCAGACACUCCCUUGCCUGAAUUUUAAGUUUGAUGGAAAUAACUAUAAAAAUUGAGACUAGUCUCAUUUUUCAGAAAAUGAAACAGU